AUGCUGGUGAUUCAGGUAGUCAGCUUCGACGUGCCCAAGUCGGGCAUAUGGAGUGAGAGUCGGGUGCUUGCUGCACAGCGCCGCUGAUAAAGCUGACUUAUCCGCGAAUCGUUCCGCCUAGAAUUCGACAAGCCGUUGAAAGGCAUCACCCCAGACAGUGCCAGGGGUCUCUUGCAUGCUACUUGCACGCAGCUGUACGGAGCGAGCGGGUUCAGCCAACUGGACUACUACAAAGGCGUCUUGGCGCUUUACUGCUACGCUUGGGAGUGAGUUUCAAGGCCAAAUCCAUCGUGUCUCAGAGAACACUUGUCCUCAUCCUUCUCCUUCUGUUCUCUCCCACGCCUCUGACGUGCAUUUCGCACAGGCGUUGGCCCGAGAAGCAGGUGGACCACACGCAGGCCUGCGUCAUGGAGCUCAACAAGCGUCUGGAAGCGCCCAUCGAACAAUUCACCAUCGUGCCGAUGCGCCCAUAG